AACAAAUGUCAAAUCGGUAAAUAAGACAAAAAUCGACCCAAUGUGCGAAAUGAAAGUCUGGGAAGAUAUUUGCGUCAAUCGCGGACGUGUUAUCAAUUCGUUGUCGGUAAAAUAAGAAAAGUUGGUUGUAUAAGAAAACGGUUUAAUGUGAUUGCAUUAAAAUAUAUAUUCAGCCCCAUUAACACGCAGUGAAAUCUCGAUAAUGAUGAUGCAUGAUCACUAAGGCCAUCAAACUUAACCGCAAAUCUUCAUAAACCAUUUCAAAUGACGAAAUAAAAAAUGAAAAUUUUCCAAAUUUCCAUGUCCCUGGCUAGGUAAUCGAUUAAACUUCAUUCGUGAACAAUUUACAGGUUCAACAAAUAAAAAACAAAAUUGUUAAAACCAUGCGGGUGGUUGCAAUGGUCAGCGGUGGCAAAGAUAGCUGCUACAACAUGAUGCAGUGUGUGGCUGAGGGACACGCAAUUGUCGCACUCGCAAACCUACAUCCGAAAGAUCGAGAUGAACUUGACAGCUUUAUGUAUCAGACCGUCGGGCACAUGGGCAUUGAGAGUUUGGCGAAAGCGAUGGGUUUGCCGCUUUACAGGCGAGAAACAAAGGGGAUAAGUACACAAACUGGGAAACAUUAUGUGCCUACUGACGAUGAUGAGGUUGAAGACUUGUUUAGCCUUUUGGAAUUGUGUAAGAAUGAAUUACAAGUUGAGGCUGUUGCUGUAGGCGCCAUUCUCUCCGAUUACCAGAGAGUACGUGUUGAAAAUGUAUGUAGUCGUCUAAGUUUGGUCUCGCUGGCGUAUCUAUGGAGAAGAGACCAAACUGAGUUGCUGCAGGAAAUGAUUGAUUGCCAAGUACAUGCCAUUAUAAUAAAGGUAGCUGCAUUAGGUUUAGUUCCUGAUCGCCAUUUAGGCAAAUCGUUGCGGGAAAUACAACCACACCUACUCAAAAUGCGUGAUAAGUACGGUUUGAACGUUUGUGGAGAAGGAGGUGAAUAUGAAACAUUCACUUUAGACUGCCCUUUGUUUAAACAGCGGAUUGUGGUGGAAGAUGUUCAAACUAUAAUUAGCUCAGCAGAUCCCAUAUGUCCGGUAGGGUAUAUUAACUUCACCAAAUUAUCUAUGCAAUCGAAAGAGCCGACUCAGUGCUGUGAUGUGUUUGUAAAAAAAUCUUUAGACUACAUAAGUGACCUAAACGAAUCAACAUACAGUGACCUCAGCGAUCCAGAUCUCAGUGAAACUGAGUUAGAAUUGAUAGAGAAAGAGACACGGCUGCGCGAGUCUCUCAGUCAAAACGAACUGAUGAUAUCUCGCAGCAAUUCAUUUGGACGUCAUUUGACCACUUCAUCCUCGCCCAUACCUAUUGUGACGAAGAGCGCGAGUGUAGAUGAGCCUCCUACACCGUCGUCAUUGCUUUCAUCCUCAGCGGCGCUGUGCGCUGCAUCAUUACAGGCAGGGACCAACAGCUUUGGUGUACAACGCCCAUUGGGUAGUAGUACGGCUGCAGUGUGUGGCUCGCUAUCGCUGGUGACGUCCUCUACCUGUGCCACGGCUGGCAUCUCGACUGCACAGGCAACUCAGCCACCUAGUCCAAUGAAAAUUGAACGUGAGUUCCGUCCACUAAAAAAUCAACCAAUGGCUGCGUUUAAUCAAAAAGGUUGGAUGUGGGUCGCUGGUAUACAAGGCUGCGCUCAAACUUUGGAAGAGGGAAUGCAGUUGGCAAUGAAAUCCUUGGUUGACUUAGCUGCUCAGCACAAUUAUGAAUUAACUGAUUACUGUUACGUAACACUUUAUAUACGUUCAAUGGCAGAUUAUCCUUUACUCAAUCAUAUUUAUGGCCAAACAAUUAAUUUUCAAAAUCCACCAACUCGGGUAUGUGUUGAAUGUCCUCUGCCAGAGGAAUGCCACGUGAUACUGGAAGCGAUAGCAUUUCGUACACCCAUGCGACGCCGUCCGACAUUAUCUACAAACGAAAUAGAUGGUAACAAUGAUGAUCACAAUAAUAGCGGAGAUUCGACGUUUAAAACAAGGCAAACAAUGCAUGUGCAGGGUAUCUCCCAUUGGGCGCCAGCAAAUAUUGGAACCUACAGUCAAUCGACGAGGGUUGACGAGAUUACCUACAUUUCUGGUCAAAUAGCACUUGUUCCUGGAAGCAUGACAAUUAUCGAAGGUGGAAUUCGUCCACAGUGCAAACUGGCUUUGCGGCACAUUAGCCGAAUAGCGAAGGCGAUGAAUGCUCAGGGUCAACUACGAGAUGUAGUUCAUGGUAUUUGCUUCCUGACCCACCCAGCCUUUAUAGCUGAGGCACGUCGUCAGUGGGAGCGACGGACAACUAAUGCAAUAAUGGAUUAUAUUAUUGUACCUGCUUUGCCCCGUGAUGCAUUGGUGGAAUGGCAAGUGUGGGCACAUACCCACAAUGAUCGAUUCGAAUAUGAAGAGACUGGUUGUUCUGUAAGUGAUUAUACCAUUUCGAUACGUCGGCGGUGGAAUUAUGAAAACAAUUGCGCUGCAAUUGUUUGCUACGUGUCGACAGGCUUGGCAUCAUCAACCACACAAUUGACUCAAUUAAGCGAGGAUAUACUAAGCAAUCAUUGCCGACUUGCACAAAUCCUUAGUGCCGAAAAUCUCGACGAAAUAUUAACAUACACAGUUAACCGAUUGCUCAAAGAUUAUCCUAUCGCGAAACGAAUAACAGACUCAAAGGAAUCGGACCAUAUUCGAGAAACAGACGAUACUACCCAUUCGAAUUCUGCAGCAAACAACAGCAACUUAAAUAACACAUGCUUAGGUGGGGAUAAUUUAACUGCCUAUUACAUACCAGCAAUUCACCUGAAAGUGUUCUACCAAGUAACUGCUGCACCGUCCGUGGAAUUGCUGCUGAAUGCACUUUAUGAUUUUCGGCUUAAAUGCCAGGAGACCGCCAACAUUGUAUACACCGUUUUGCCCGCCUGUAGUUUACACAAUUUUAGUACUUUCUUAUCUAUAUGCGGUGUACGCCAUGAAUAAAUACGAAUUACGACGCCACAAGACUUAUUGUAAUAUUACAUUUUAUCUACAUAUGUACACUUAGUUAAAAAACCAACUUAUGCCAUCGAACUAAAUAUUAUUCUUUUUUUUU